CGCUACAGCUCGGAGAGCGACGUGUGGAGCUAUGGCAUCCUCCUGUGGGAGACCUUUAGUCUGGGGGUGUGUCCUUAUCCGGGGAUGACCAAUCAGCAGGCCCGGGAGCAGGUGGAAAAAGGUUACAGGAUGGCCUGUCCGCAGCGUUGCCCCGACGACGUGUACCGCGUCAUGCAGCGCUGCUGGCAGUACGGCGCCGAGGACCGGCCCAAGUUCUGCGAGCUGCAGAGAGACCUGGCCGCCAUCAAGAAGAAGUGA